AGAAGGAGAAGGAGAAGGAGAAGGCGAAGGGCAAACAAAGGUCUUCUUCCUCUUCCCUCUCCUUUGGUGAAGCGCUAAUCAUCUCCCACCUGAACAAUACCUGAAAAUCCAAUAAAAUUAACUUUACUAAUGGCAUCGGAAAAGCGGUGCCUAUACGAGGUCUUAGGCCUUUCCCGUGACUGCACCCAAGACGAGAUCCGCUCAGCCUACAAAAAGCUCGCCCUCCAACGCCACCCUGACAAACUUGUUCAAUCCGGCCUUUCUCAGGCAGACGCCACCGCCCAAUUCCAGGAGCUCGUCCACGCUUACGAGGUCCUCUCCGACCCCAAAGAGCGCUCCUGGUACGACUCUCAUCGCUCGCAAAUCCUCUUCGCCGACCGCAACUCCACCGCCAAUUCCCCAAUCCCUGACCUCUUUUCUUUCUUCUCCAACACCGUUUUCUCCGGUUACUCCGACUCUGGGCGUGGCUUCUACAAGGUUUAUUCGGAUCUUUUCUCUAAAAUUUAUGCCAAUGAACUUAAUUUUGCCAAAAAGUUAGGGUUAGGAUUAGAAUUAGUAAAAGAAGCUCCUUUGAUGGGAAAUUUAGAGAGUUCCUACGGUCAAGUUACGGCGUUUUAUAAUUAUUGGUUGGGGUUUUCUACGGUCAUGGAUUUUGUUUGGGUUGAUGAGUAUGAUGUUAUGGCGGGACCUAACCGGAAAUCGCGGAGGGUUAUGGAGGAAGAGAAUAAGAAAUUGCGGAGGAAGGCGAAAAGGGAGUAUAACGAGACGGUCAGAGGGUUGGCGGAGUUUGUUAAGAAGAGGGAUAAGAGAGUUAUUGAUAUGAGCAUGAAAAGGAAGGAGGAGAUGGAGAGGAGAAAAGAGGAGGAGAGAGAAAAGAAGAGGAAGAUGGAAAAGGAGAGGUUGGAGAGAGUUAGGGCAUAUGCAGAGCCAGAAUGGGCGAAAGUUGAAGAGGAAGAAGAGGAUGAUUGGGAGGAAAUGGAGGAGAAAGCUGUAGAGAAGGAGGAAUUGUACUGUGUGGCGUGUGGGAAGAAGUUUAAGAGUGAGAAGCAAUGGAAGAAUCACGAGCAGUCGAAAAAGCACAAGGAGAAAGUGGCGGAGUUGAGGGAGUCGUUUGUUGAUGAGGAAGAAGAGGAAGAGGAGUUGGAGUUGGAGGAGGAUGUGGACGAGAGGUUUAGGGAGGGUUUAAGGAUUGACGAGGAAGUGAAGGAUGAAGGGGAGAAUAGAGUUGGUGAGUUGAGUGAGGAUGAUGGGUUUUUUGAUGUUGAGGAAGGGGGUGAAGAGGAGGUUGAAAUUGAUAGUAAUAAUGAUGAUGGGGAGGAAAUUAGUGUUCUUGAAGCAAUGGUGUCAGGGCAUAAACAUAAGAAGGAUGCUCCUUUGAAGAGUGAGGACGUGGUUUCACAGACAGGAUUUCAUGUCAAGGAUGAGAGUGAUGAGGAGGAAUUUAUGGAAUAUGAUAACCGGAAGAACAGAAGGAGAAACAGAAGAGGGAAGAAAGAGAGGAGUAAGAAGAAUGGCAGUGAAGGCAUGAAGAGUGAUGGAAACAGAACUGAAAGCAAGAAUGAAGAAGCCAGUUUAAGUGAUACUCUGCAUGCGGAGGAGAAGCAACCUGCAGAAGAUGAGGAUAGUGAUGGUGAAAAGGAUGAUAAAUUGGGAAACAAUGAUAAGAUUUCAAAGCGACCUGUUGAUAGAAAAUGGAAUAUGAAGAAAGAAACCAAUACCAAAUCAAACAACUCAUCUGAAGGAAAGAAAGCGAAGGCAACAACAAAGCAUUCUGGCAAUGUAUGUGAGACAUGUGGAGAGGACUUUCAAUCAAAGAAUAAAUUACAUAAGCACUUGGGAGACACCGGUCAUGCUACAUUGAAAUUCCGAUGAGAGAAAUAGCUUAUUCUAUGUUGAUGGUGAGGGUUAAUUAUCAAAUGCACCAUCUCAUGUUAGUAUUUCAGAAUUUGGGUAGCGAGAAUGUGUUCAUUCUUUUGGAUCUGUUCAUCCAUCUGUAUUGCCAAAGAAUUGCCGAUAGUCAUCAAUAGGAUACUGUAAGAAGCUUGAUAAUGAUAUUGAGUUAUAUAACGACUUUACAAAUUUUGACUGAAAUGAAUUACAAGGCGUGAUCAAGAAUUUUCUCGUUUACAUUCCCUGUAAAUUAUUUGCUAUGAACAUAUGCAGUUUCUUGAUGUUGAACCGCAUACCUUGAUGGCAGUUGACAUGUAUUUUUUUGCAAAUUCUUUUUA